CGCAGCGCUCGAUCGCUCCUUUCCGCGUCCGGUGUCCCCUGCAGUCAUGGCCGCCGCACCCGCCGCCGCCGGGGCCGGGGAGCCCAUGUCCCCAGACGAGUUGCUCCCAAAAGGUGAUGCUGAGAAGACUGAGGAGGAGCUGGAAGAGGACGACGAUGACGAGCUAGACGAGACCCUGCUAGAGAGACUCUGGGGUCUGACGGAGAUGUUCCCCGAGAGGGUCCGGUCCGCGGCCGGAGCCACUUUUGAUCUCUCCCUCUUUGUGGCUCAAAAAAUGUACAGGUUUUCCAGGGCAGCCUUGUGGAUCGGGACCACUUCCUUUAUGAUCCUGGUUCUUCCUGUUGUCUUUGAGACCGAGAAGUUACAAAUGGAGCAGCAGCAGCAGCUGCAGCAACGGCAGAUACUUCUAGGGCCUAACACAGGGAUCUCAGGAGGAAUGCCAGGGGCUCUACCUUCACUUCCUGGAAAGAUCUAGAUUAUUAACUGAUAACAUUUGAGCUGUCUUGGUGAGAGAAGUUCAAACUCAGUUUGAACUGCUGAUUGUUUGUAAUUUUUUUUUUUUAAACUUUGGCACAUUGAUCUAAACUUGGGAGAAUUCUCCCUUUGAAGUUUCAUGGAGAAUCCCAACCUGCAGCUGUGCCCUCCACGCUGCCCUCACUGUCCUCCUUCUGUCCUCGCUGAUACCAGAGUGCAGCUAUGCGGACGGUUACUUCAGCUCUGGCCACCCAACCCCUUUUAGUCAGCUGCUCCUAACUAUCCCAUGAUGGCGUAGAAACUGACACCAGUGGAAGGGACGGACCCCGACCAUUAAUGACUGGUUUUGGUUUUUUAUUUUUUUCUUUCCAAGAAUGGCCAUGUUGGGGAGGGAUGAGCACACAGUACAAAGCCGGCACAGUACAGUACAGCUGUAAAGCGCUGGGAACCUCUGUGCGUGUUGGAGGCGGCGGUUCUUGGCAGCUUCGGCCACAGACGAGGAUGAUGGGGCUGUGGGGGCAGAGCUGGGGCUCAUAUCCUCUGCACAUUUUGGCUAUCAGACUCGUGUGUUAAAAAAGGUCAGUGCUCACUUUUUGUAUUUAAAAUUAAAAAUUAUUACAACUCAAA